AUGGAUAAUGAAUGUGCCAGUGAUACAAAGGACAUAAUUGGAGAGAAAUGUGACACAUAUGAGGACCGUAUACGACAGGAGAAAAAACGACAACGUUUAUCAUCAGGGGAUAUCAAAAUGGCGUCAGCUAGUAAACCGUUGGACUUGUCGGAUCUGAUGAAUGAAAUCAGAGGUGUAAAAUCGUCAAUUAUGAAAGGACAGGCUAACAUGGAACGUAAGAUGGAUGAAAUGAAAACGGAUUUGUCAAAGAAAAUCGAGACCAGAAUAAAACAGGUAAAGGAUGAACUUUUUCUAGAAAUGAGUGCCAUGGAAACUAAGCUUAGUGCGCUUGAAAUAAAGGUAAAUUCCAACAUGGCAGGGCAAGGUGUCACUGGAAAUCAGCCAGCCCGAAAUACCCCAAGCUGUAUUGUAAUAUUUCGAAAUGCUAAGCUCGUAACGACCAAUGAGGAUACGAUGCGAGGAUUACUGUCAAGUAUCUGUACUGCGAUAGGCUGUGCUGAUACCGAAUUUACGGGCGUCACAUGGAUUGCAUUACCAAGGGGUCAAAACAACGGCAUUAUAAAGGCGACUGUCGCAACCGAGGCUCAAGUGAAAGCUCUUUUCAAAGCAAAAUCUAAGCUCAAGGAUACCCCCCAGUACGCUUCCAUAUAUAUUGAACGCGAUCGAUCCAGGCAUGAGAGGAUUAUGGAAGCCAAUAUGCGUAACCUGGCUAAGGCUGUGCCCAACCUCACCUUCACCAGGGGUCGACUUACCGUUAACGCCCAACCAGUUACCGCUGAUCCCCCUGUAGUCCAAGCUCCUCCAAAUGGUACCAAUGUUAAUACCCCACCGCAACCAGAUCCUCCCCCCGAUAAUGCGUAG